GGCUUAAAUGAAGAUACGAAAUCUGGGAGCUAAAUUGUGCCUUUGUCCACUUCAAGUAUUUGUUUUUGAUAUUAGUCCUAAUUAGAAUAGGAAUAGGAGAGUUUUAUUCUUAUUUGCCAAGUACACUAUAAAUACUACGAACUAGGGUUAGCAACUUUUAUUAAUUACUAAUAUUUUCAGAUUUAGCUUUAAUUUCAAGCACUAUUGAACCGGCAACAUUACGGUGGAAGAGUGAAUUUAAGAGCAAGGAUGACGGAACCAACAUGGAGAGAUGCGAGAGACGUGAGCUUAUUUUCAAGGAAUACGGACAGGAAUACGCCCAAGUGCUUCGCAUGCUUGGAAACGGCCGCUGUGAAGCCAUGUGUAUUGACGGCACUAAGCGUCUAUGCCACAUUCGUGGGAAGAUGCAGAAGAAGGUUCGGAUUGCAGCUGGUGAAAUUAUUCUCGUCGGGUUGUAUGACUAUCAGGACGACAAAGCUGAUGUUAUCUGGAAGUAUAUGCCGGAUGAAGCUAGGCUUCUUAAGGCUUAUGGUGAACUUCCGGCGAUCACGCGAGGUGUUGCUGGUGGACUUAACUAGGAGGAUGAUGGUGCUGGUGGUGAUGAUUAUAUUGACUUUGAGGAUGAAGAUAUAGAUAACAUCUAGAGCUGUUAUUUUUCUUUUAUGUUUUUUUAUGAAGUGAGAUUGUUCAUGAGAGUUUAUAAUAUUUUACAAAGCCUCACCUUGAAUUUGCGGUUGGUAAAUUGGUAAUUGAGAUGGUAAUGUGGUUGUAUGUCAUGUAUUACUUGCUAUCACUUUUAGCCCUCUCAAUGUUCUUCUUCUGAAUUUUACUAGAAUGGUUCAAGUUAAUACUGUGU